GACUACAGCUAGGCUGCUGUAUUUUUCUAAAAUUGAAGCGCACCGCGCAAGCUUCAGUUAUAAAAGGAUAAACCUAUAGAGGCCAGAACGGACACGGCAUUUCUCCGUGGGAGCCAUCUCUGGUCUACCAUCCCCAAGUCCGCUCACAGACAGCAACCGGAUGGCUUCCCGCGACGCUGCCGCCGACGAGGUCGCCAUCGAGCUCCUGCCGUUCAUCCGCCUCUACAAGAGCGGCCGCGUCGAGCGCCUCAUCGACAACGACACGGUCCCGGCCUCCCCCCACGACGCUGCCACCGGCGUGGUCUCCAAGGACGUCACCAUCGACCCCGCCACCGGCGUCUCCGUCCGCCUGUACCUGCCGCCAGCGGCCGGCGCCGGCGCCAAGCUGCCCAUCGUCGUGUACUUCCACGGCGGCGGCUUCAUGGUCGAGUCGGCCGACUCCGUCCCGUACCACCGCUACCUCAACGCCCUCGCCGCGCGCGCCGGCGCCGUCGCGGUGUCCGUGGACUACCGCCGCGUGCCGGAGCACCGGCUCCCCGCGGCCUACGACGACUCGUGGGCGGCGCUCGCGUGGGCCGUCGCCGCCGCCUGCGGCGCCGCGCCGUCCGGGGGCUCGGAGCCGGAGCCGUGGCUGGCCGAGCACGGGGACCCCUCACGCGUGUUCCUGGCCGGGGACAGCGCGGGCGCCAACAUCGCGCACAACGUCGCCAUGCGCGCCGGCGCCGAGGGGCGCCCGGCGAUCCGGGGCGUGCUGCUGGUGCACCCCUACUUCUGGGACGCGUCGGGCGCCAUGGGGCCCGAGCUGGAGGAGCGCAUCCGCCGCGAGUGGCGGUUCAUGACCGGGAAUCCCGACGCCCGGAUGGACGACCCGCGGCUGUCCCCGACGUCCGCGGGGGCGCCGUCGCUGGCGCUGCUGCCGGUCGCGCGCGUGCUGGUGGCCGUGGCGGGGGAGGACUUCCUGGCGCCAAAGGGGCGGGCGUACCACGCGGCGCUGCUGGCCAGCGGGUGGCGCGGCGAGGCCGAGCUGGAGGACACCCCGGGGGAGGACCACGUCUUCCACCUCCGGCAGCCGGGGACGGCGGCCGCCGAGGAGCUGAUGGAUCGUGUGGUGGCUUUCAUGGCUCGUGCUUGAUUGCACGGCUGAUCCCGAUGCAAACUUGAAUCAAGGUGUGUUCACGUAGUCAAGCAUGUGGAAUCAAGGUUGUAUUAAAUUGAAAUGUCAAAGUACGGGUAUCAUGGCACAGAACUCUGGAUUCAAAAUCAUCUCAUUUUUUAAAAAAACUAAAAUCAUCUCAUUUGGAGC